AUGGCGGAAGCUGUCGUCGUCGGUAUUGCUGGAAAGAUCGUUGCUUAUCUGGUUCCUCAAGCACUAGAUAAUGUUGGAAUGUUAUGGGGCGUCAAUCAUGAACUUGAGGCGCUUGGGGACACUGUCUCCACUCUUCAAUCUGUACUAGACCAUGCAGAAGAGCAAUACCUCUGGAGUCCCCAAAUCAAAUAUUGGGUUGAUAAAUUGAAAGAAGCUUUCUAUGAUGCACAAGACGUGCUUGAAGAAUUCAAUAUAGAAGCAAUGCGACGAGAAUUUCGGGGCCACAAUGAAAUGAUGAAGGAGGUAAGGACAUUUUUCUCAAGUUCAAACCAGCUUGCUUUCAAAAUGAAGAUGAGUUACAAACUAAGAGCCGUGAGGAAGAGAAUAGAAGCCAUUAAGGCUGAUAAGGGAUUCCACUUGGAUGAGCGCCCUGAGAGAGAGUGGAGGAAGAGAGAAGAGACACAUUCAUUUAUACGCAAGGGAGAUAUUAUAGGGAGAGAAGAGGAUAAGAAGACAAUCAUGGAAUUUUUACUGGAGUCAAACGUGCAAGAGAAUGUUUCCAUCCUUCCAAUAGUUGGUAUUGGGGGGCUUGGAAAAACAGCUCUCGCUCAAAGCUUGUAUAAUGAUGAAAUGGUCAAUAAACAGUUUAACUUGAAAAUGUGGGUUUGUGUCUCUAAUGAUUUUAACAUGACAAAAAUAGUGAAAAAUAUGAUAGCUUGUGCAAAGAAGGAAGAACCAACUACGGUUGUGAUGGAACUGUUGCAAAAUGAACUAAGGGAAGGGAUUAAUGGAAAGAGAUACCUCUUAGUUUUAGAUGAUUUGUGGAAUGUAAAACGAGAAACAUGGUUGAGCUUACAAACUUUAUUGUUGGGAGGUGCUAGAGGAAGCAAGAUCCUUAUAACUACACGCCUUCCUUUGGUUGCGAAGAUCACCGGCACUACUCUACCUCAUCUUCUCGGGAGCUUAUCUGAAAGUACGUCUCUCAAAUUACUAAUGCAAAUGGCUUGCUGUAACGAAGAGCAGUUACAAGAUCCUGACAUGCUAGCUAUUGGUAAAGAUAUAGUAAGAAAGUGCUAUGGGGUUCCAUUGGCUAUUCGAGCUGUUGGGAGUCUACUCUUUAAGAAAAAUAAAGCUCUUGCUAAGAAAUAUUGCGGACUUGGGGAGCUAAAUAGGCUUAAUAACAUCCAGGGAAGACUUUUCAUUGAAAAUUUGGGAAGCGUGAGAGAUGCAGUAGAAGAAUCCACGGCUGCGAACCUGAGAGAGAAGCGUUCUCUGGAAGUCUUGGAUCUUUCAUGGGGCAUUUCCAAUAUUACUGACGAAGCAAUGAUUAUGAAGAGAGAUGAAGCACUAUUAGAUGGACUGAGGCCGCCCAACAAUCUGCAGAAGUUGACUAUUAAGGAAUAUAAUGGUGAGAGUUUCCCAAGGUGGAUGAUAGAGUUGCCCAAUUUAGUGGCGUUAAAAUUGGUGGCGUGCCAUAGAUGUAAACAUUUCCCCCAAUUUGGCCUUAGUAAGUUGAAGCGUCUGGACAUCGGUUGGAUGAACUCUCUAGAAUAUUUGCCUGGAGAGUGUCUGGGAACCUCACUUGAAUCUCUUCAUAUCUGCAAUCUUCGUCGGUUAACUUAUCUCCCACUUGGUUUGUGGCAUCUGUUGAAGCUUGUGCAUCUCAAUAUUUUGCUUUGUGACGAGCUCGAUUUAUCCAAAGAUGAAAGUGGCAACAUCAUCUUGGAUUUCCAUGGACUUCAGAGUCUCCGGUCUGUGUUAUUCAAUGGAAUUCCCAAACUAGAAUCUCUCCCACAGUGGCUUCUACUGGCCCGCAAUCUCGAGCGUCUCGAAAUUUCCGAUUGUAGCAAUUUUAAGGCAAUAUCAAACCAAAUCGAGAAAUUUGAGGAGUUGGAUAUAUCCAAAGACAAAAGCGGCAACAUCUUGGAUUUCCAUGGAGGCCUUCAGAGUCUCCGCUCCGUGGAAAUCUAUAACCUUCCCAAACUGACAUCUCUCCCACAGUGGCUUCUACAGGCCUGCAAUCUCGAGCGUCUCGAAAUUUGGGAAUGCCCCAAUUUGAAGGAUAUACCAGAGCAAAUCGAGGCCCUUCAAUCACUUCAAAAUCUCGACAUCAUCGGAUGCUCCUCGUUGACAUCAUUCCCUGAAGCAAUGCAAAGGCUCACAUCCCUUACUCACCUAAGCAUCUCCGAUUGCGGAGAAUUGGCAGAGAGUUGCAAAAGACAAGCAGGCAAGGACUGGGACAAGAUCGCUCAUAUCCCGCACAUACAAUUUGUAUCGUUAUGGCAGAUCGAGCGUAAUUUUCCUCACUGA